AUGCAUCGAUUUUUCAAAUCCGAGUUCUUCAACUUUGAGUUCCUGCGCAUUCUAAGCACGAGGCGCUAUGGGAGUUGUGGAAUCGGAGAAGCUCUGGAGGCUGCGGUGCAUAUCAAAGACGGUGACCCGCAUUCAUGGAGUACACAAUGGUCAGUCCUCAGUACUAAAGCUGAGGAACUAAGCAAAGAAGCGCAAAAGGCGGGCAAUACGAUCACGGCCCAUAAUGCCUUGUUGCGAGCAAGUAACUAUCGCCGUGCAAGUCAAUACAUGCUCAACGCGCCCGACCCUACGGAAGCAACCUUGGCGAUUACCAGGCUAGAGAAAAGUGAGACCCUGUUCAAGCAAGCUCUAUUGCUUCAGGAAAGGAUCACUGUCCAUGAACUAGCAAUCCCCUACGGCAAAGGCAUACAUCUUCCAGCAUACUUAUAUGUGCCAACACAAUUUGGAAAAGAUAAUGGCGUACCUCUGGUCAUCAGCCUGUCGGGAGGCGACUCCACGCAGGAAGAGAUGUUUGUGGUGUCUGCGUACGCCGGAUUGCCGAGAGGAUAUGCAGUCCUUACCUUUGGAAGCCCAGGACAGGGCAUCUUGCUGAAGCGGGAAAGGUUACCCAUGGAACCAGCGUAUGAGAAGGUGACAUCUACGGUACUAGACUUUCUCGAGCAUAACAACUCGAGUGACCAGGCCAACUAUGGGUUGGAUCUCAACCGGGUUGCCGUUGUGGGACAGUCGCUGGGCGGUUAUUUUGCACUGAGAGCCGCAGCCGACCAGCGUGUCAAGGCGUGCAUCGCGGUCGAUCUUCCAUGUGUCAUGUGGGAUUUGGCGCUCUAUCGUAUGCCGGGGUAG